AUGAGUUUCUUUAGCUUUUCAUAUAUUUAUCUCAAUACGAUUCUUUAGAAUUUGUUGGUUUCUUCAUUCGUUGAUGGAAUCAAAAUGAGUUUUCGAGUGGAUGAUGUAUUUAUUAUGGGAAUUUCUAGGAUUUUGAUCGAAUUUUCUGGUUUGGUGUCGAAUGAUUUGUCUUGAUUUGGAAAUUUUGAUUGGAUGGGUUUAAGCAGAUCUUGUUGAAAUGUGCUUUUGAUUCUAAGUUUUACUUUGAUCUUUGCAUUACUUGAUAAACUGGUUUAAGUUUUCAGAAUUUGUAAAUUCAGCAAGGAGAAGAUUUGUGGUUUGUUGGUUUCUUUGUUGUGGUGGUUGUAUAAUGGCGUCUGGGACAAUGGGAGGGUUGUCUGAGGUGUAUAGUAGUGCCAAAAGGAUUCUACUGAGGGCUCGCGAUGGAAUCGAGAAGUUGGAGAGGUUCGAGUCUGAUCCUACCGAUCUCGCCUCCUCCCUGAAACGAGAUAUCACUGAGGUUAAAUCUCUCUGCUCCAAUAUGGAUAGUCUGUGGCGCUCGGUCCCUGUUAAAUCGCAGCGCGAUCUUUGGAGAAGAAAGAGUGAACAAGUUGGAGAAGAGGCUGAGUAUUUGAACCAAAGUUUGGAAAAAUAUAUGUGGAGGAAUCAGAGGAAGAUGUUGGAAGCUAAGGAGAGAGCGGAUUUGUUAGGUAGAGGGAGCGGAGAAGGAGCUCACAUUUUGCAAAUAUUUGAUGAGGAAACUCAAGCAAUGAACUCUGUCAAGAAUUCAAAGAGAAUGCUCGAAGAGUCUUAUUCGAGUGGAGUUGCUAUCCUCUCCAAAUAUGCUGAACAACGGGAUCGUUUGAAGAGUGCACAGCGUAAGGCUUUGGAUGUUCUGAACACCGUAGGGCUCUCCAACUCUGUAUUGAGGCUAAUCGAGAGGCGCAAUCGUGUUGACACCUGGAUCAAGUACACCGGUAUGAUCGCAACUGUUGUCAUAUUGUAUCUCUUCAUAAGAUGGACGCGUUGAACUGUACAAACUUUGGAAUACACAUAUUGUAGUAUGUAGAGAGUUACGUACCAUUUCCUUUUUGUUUAUGGAAUACACAACACAUUUGCUGCAUCAAGCUGAGAUUGUCAAGUAGACUUGUAUUGGAUAAACAUGUACCUUCUUUUUCUCCUGAAA